AUGAAUGCCAACCUGAUUGGGUCUUUUUCUAGAGAGGAAGUGGAGCUUGCUCUAAGGCAAAUGGCUCCCCUUAAAGCUCCAAGACCCGAUGGCAUGCCUCCUAUUUUUUUCCAAAAAUUUUGGAAUAUUAUUGGAGAUGAGGUGGUUGAAGCAGUCCUCUCAUGUUUGAACACUGGAACCAUUAUGCCAGGUUUGAAUCAUACCUUUAUCUCCCUUAUACCUAAAGUUAAAAAUCCUGAGUAUGUUACUGAAUUUCGCCCUAUUGCUCUUUGUAAUAUUUUGUAUAAGCUUGUGUCAAAAGUGCUUGCUAACAGAUUGAAAAAGGUUUUGCCUCAUAUCAUAUCAGAUUUUCAAAGCGCCUUUCAAUCAAAUAAGGCGAUAUCUGAUAAUAUCCUUGUGGCCUUUGAACUACUUCAUCACAUGACGAGGAAGAAAUCAGGAAAAAUGGGAUACAUGGCUCUAAAGUUAGACAUGAGCAAGGCAUACGAUAGGUUGGAAUGGAAUUUCCUUCAACGGACUAUGGAGAAAAUGGGUUUUCACCCAAGAUGGGUUGGAUGGAUUAUGGAGUGCAUUAAGUCAGUGACAUACUCGGUGUUGAUAAAUGGCGAACCUAAGGGCCACAUUAUUCCGACUAGAGGUAUUCGCCAAGGGGAUCCCCUAUCCCCCUACCUCUUUCUUUUAUGCUCUGAAGGUUUGACUAGUCUCAUUGAGCAAGCGGUGAAUGAAAGACAUAUUGAGGGUCUCUCUCUUUGUAAACAUGGGCCAAAGAUCUCUCACCUUUUCUUUGCAGAUGACAGCCUCCUGUUUUGUCGAGCAAGGGUAGAAGAUGUGAUAAAAAUCCAAGAGGUUUUGGUGAAGUAUGAAGUGGCAUCGGGUCAAAAAAUAAAUUCUGAUAAAACUACCAUCUUUUUCAGCAAGAAUGUUCCUAUGUCUACUAAGGAACAAGUGCAAAAUUUGUUGAGGGUUCCUGAAAUCAGAGAGUAUGAGAAAUAUCUGGGUUUGCCGGCAGUUGUGGGGCGCAACAAAAGGGCUAGCUUAAACUAUAUUAAAGACCGAGUGUGGGGUAAGUUACAAGGUUGGAAGGAAAAAUUGCUUUCACAAGCGGGUAAGGAAGUUUUGUUGAAAGCGGUAGUACAAGCCAUUCCAACUUUUGCUAUGAGUUGCUUCCGACUACCGGUUGGCCUUUGUCAAGAUAUUGAAAUGCUCAUUCCCAAAUCUUCCUCGAGCUCCUUCGCAUGGAAGAGCAUUCUUUGGGCAAGAAAAUUAGUUCAGACAGGGGCGCGAUGGAGAGUGGGUGAUGGGCAGUCAAUUAGGAUUUUCCAAGAUGCUUGGUUACCAUCUGACAGUGGCAAGGUCUCCUCUCCUCCAUCUGAUUUUGGUCCGGAUGCAAAGGUAGCAAUGCUCAUAAACCCAGUCACCGGGUGGUGGAAUACCCAUCUAAUUGAUCGCCACUUCUACCCACCUGAUGCAAAGCUCAUUAAAUCCCUUCCUCUGUGUUCAAUCCCUCAAUCUGAUGUGCUAAUCUGGCCGAAGGAGAAAACAGGGACUUAUUCAGUGAAAUCUGGUUAUAAGCUUCUAUGUGAGUGGCAAACUGAGGAGUUGAAUCAACCUCGAAUUGCUGAUAUUGACAGGAACUUUUGGAGUAGUAUUUGGAAGAUAAAUGUCCCAGGAAAGAUAAAACAUUUUAUUUGGAAAGCUUGCUCUAACUCACUACCGACAAAGGAAAAUUUGAUGAAGCGGAAAGUAGUGCAAGAUACAGUGUGUCAACGUUGCUCAAAUGAUUCAGAGGAUGUGGUACACUCGUUGUGGAGCUGUGAAGGUUUAAGGGAGGUGUGGAACGGGGAGUUUGGGUGGGUAUACAGCGCUGGAAUCCAAUGGACUUCCUUCUCUGAAAUUCUGAAGUUUGUUCAGACAAGACCACACUCAGUUGCUCUCUUCGCAGCUACAGCAUGGUCAGUUUGGUAUCAUAGAAACAAGCUCCGGUUGGGUGAAGCUUCCAUUCCGUUGGGACAGAUCAGGAGAUUUGCUCGAGACUACAUCCGUAAUUUUAAAACUCUGACCAGUAAACCUUCUGCACCAGCUCGCACUGCUCCUCGAGGAUGGCGUCCACCUGCAAAUGAUUUUUGGAAGAUAAACUUUGAUGGUGCAAAUUUUGGUGAGUCCGACGAAGCUGGCAUUGGUGUGAUUAUUCGAGAUUGCAGGGGCGAAGUUAAGGCUGCUCUUUCUGAGAAGAUAAAAAAGCCUCCUAUAGUGGAUAUUCUGGAACUAAUGGCUGCAAAGAGAGCGAUGACUUUCUCCCUUGAAACAGGAACUUAUAGAGCUUUGUUUGAAGGAGAUUCUGCCUCAGUGAUCAAAGCAAUUCAGCUUGGGGGCUGGGAAUUCGCGCAGGGGGGUCACCUCAUCCACGACAUCUCUACAUUAAAAAACUCUUUUUAG